AUGGCGGAUCCUCUGCAUAUUGCCUUACUCGCAGUGCUGUCAGUGGAAUGUCUCCUGGGGACUGUUCUAAAUGCGUUUAUCGUGCUAACGCACUGCUUGGAAUGGAGAGAAGCCAGGCGCUUGCCAGGCAGUGACAAGAUUGAGACUUGUAUGUGCCUCUGCAGAUUUUUCCUGCAGUGCGCUAUCACAUUGCAGACCUUAUUCCGCUUAUUGUUGGUGAAUUUAUAUUCCCAGCCAUAUUUUGCAGAGAUUUUCAUGGUUGUGAGAAUAUUCCUGAGUUUCGCCAACCUAUGGAGCGCCACUCUCCUCUCUGUGUUCUACUGCGUGAAAAUCACAAAUUAUAGUUUUGGCAUCUUUGUGUUUUUGAAGCCCAGGAUCUCCAGAAUGAUUCCGUGGUUGGUUCUGUCUUGCUUACUAGUCUCUCUAGCUUCCAGCCUUCCCUUCGCCCGGAGUUUGUAUUCUCCAUACGUCAGAAAUUCAACUGCUCAAAACUCUACUGAGAAGAAGAUGUUUGUGGCUAAUAUCCGCUUCAACCAGUCUCUUGCCUAUGCGGUUGGUUCCUCGGUGCCUUUCGCUAUAUUUAUCAUCGCAGUCUCGCUGUUAAUCCACUCUCUCUGGAGCCAUUCCAAGCAUAUGAGCAGCAGCGUGGACAGUUUUCGAAGCCCAAACCUGAACGUUCUCUUAGGUGUUGUAAAACGUCUGAUCGUCUUCUUCUGUCUCAGCGUUAUCUAUUUUGUGUGCAUGAACCUUACAUUAUCUGGGCUGCUGCCAAUCGGGACCCUUUGGAUGGUUUUUGUGUCCAUUAUAACUUCAUCAUACCCCUUUCUGCACUCGGCGGUAUUGAUCUAUACCAACCGCAAGCUAAAACUGGCAUUUCUACAUUUACUGUCGGCCAUCGUGCCAAGGAGAUUAUCAAUUUUUUUGUUGUAG